AAACAUUUUGUAAACAGAAAAAAAUUCCUUUAAAAAAACUAUAAUUUGAGCUUGUAUUCGUGCUUUUUUUCUCGUUCUAACCAUCAUGCCUUGUAUAGAAGAAUGGAUGUCGAAUCCCUUGCUACUGAUAGACCAAAAAAUGGAGUUUGACGAUGAGUGUCUCAUAAAGCAGGUUAAAGACUAUUUUUCUGAGAGAAUACAGCAGAAAAGCCUUGAUAAGAUUCAAUCCCUAAAUGACAAAAGCCUUGAUCACAUUAAACCUAACACCUUGGUGAGAUUUCGAUGUAUGAUCCAGGAUAUGUUUGAGCCGGAGUACUACCUUUCCAGAUAUGAAACCAUUGAGACUGACAGUGGGACAAAGGAGAAACAUCUAGGCUUGUACCGUGACGUUGCUUCAUGCAAGCCUGGACAACAAAUCAACAUGGACUGUCCACAAAACAAAACAAGAGAAAGACAAUGCUUUUACUGUGUUCCAAUACCAGCUGAAACGACAUGGGCAAAGAAAGCUUAUGCCAAAGCAGCUAGCCCUAGCCAUUGCCAGUCUGGAUCAGUUGCAACUGCUGGGACGUCAGGAAUGUUAAAGAGAAGUGUUGACGAGUUGCAGGAAAGCAUCACUGAUGGUGAAUGUUUUCCAAACCAGGGUAGCACAAUGGCUGAAGACGAUCAAGGUGGUGACAACAAGAAGACAAAAUGGGAGAAUGAUCAAGAAAUGACAAGAACUGUCUCACUUGGGAAUGCAGACCUCAAUUUUCCUCUGCCUGAUGAGAAAGGUUCGCCCUGUAUAAUAAAGAUUUACGACGAUUCAGAAUCUUAUAAAGUCAAUGAUAUAGUUGAGUUUGUUGGCAUCUUGAGUGUUGAUCCACAGCUUACUCAUUUUCAAAACCAAGGAGAUCAAAUGACGUCACCAUUUGAUGUAAUGGAAGUUGAAGAAGAUGAUCCGCACUCCUUGCCAUCCUCCAUCGUCCCUCGUAUCCACGCGGUCCUCAGUUUCAAAUUGGAACAUUCCAAUCCAUGUCUGUCGUCUGACUUGGCCGGGAACGAAAAUCUGUUCAGUGAAGUUAGUCAAGUAAGAGAAACGCUCCUGAACGCUUUUGAAAAUAUCUUGUGCGGUGAUCCUUUAGCAGCUGAAUAUUUGCUGUUACAUCUCCUUUCGACUGUAUAUUCUCGACCAGAUGUUUUGGCUCUGGGCAAAUAUGCUCUAAACCUCGUUGGCUGUUCAAACGGUGUUGCUAAGGAAGUGUACAAAAUAGUGGAAUAUUUAUCUCCAAAGUGUUGCGCGUUUCCAAUGACUAUUGAAAAUUUAAACAAAUCGAAAUUGGUACCAAAGAAAGAUUACAAAACCAACAGAUUAACUUCCGGCAAACUACAGCUCAGCGACAAUACUCGUAUUGUAAUCGAUGAAACAGCCUUGGAAGAAGGUCAACUUGAUAAUAAUGGAGUUCAAAAUAUUGCUGCAAUAAACCACCUCAUCUCAUGGCAGAAGCUACAAUAUGAUUUUGGAUUUUAUAAAACGGAUUUCUUCACAAACGUGGUAAUCCUUAUAUUGUCCGAAGGAAAAUCCUUAUUACAGGCUGACUCUCGCAUCCAAAUUGUCUCCAAGAAACCUCCAGUAUCUUUCGAGAAAAUUUGUCAAAACUUUGACGAAACUUUUGUGAACAAUGUGAGAAAAUAUCUUGGUCUUGCACGCCUUAUAAAAUAUGAAAUAAGCCAUGAUGCUCAAAAGUUCAUAGAAGAGGAUUUCGUUCAAAUGAGGCAAGCAAACCCAAGUGGAAUUUCUGUAGAAAGAUUCCAUUCCCUUCUAAGCCUUGCAAGACUUGUGGCUUUAAGCCGUGGACGAAAACACCUUUUAAAAGAAGACUGGAUUAGAACAAAACACAUAGAAGAGUUAAGACAAGAUAGUUUAACUCGUGGAAGAUCCAACCCAUAAUUUUUGAUAUCUAUAAAAUCUUUUUCAGUCUCAAAAAAUUUUCUAUAUACUCUCUUUUUUUUCUCAAAAACAUACGAGCUAAUGUAACCUAUAAGGUGUUUAGAUGGUUGUAUAACCGCAUGCAGUAUCUUUGUAGAGUAAAUUCUGGAAAUCAGGUGGACUAAAUAUACCGAUAUUCUCGACUUAGUUAUUGAAAAGAUUUGUCAAGGUCAAAUAAUACAAUUGUGUGUUUUUUUCUAUGAAUGACUCGGGUGAAUUAAUAUUGUG